AUGCGGGACCUUUUCUUUGAAAAGGUGUUCUUUGCCUGGAACUCAGAUGACAACAUGAUCGCUAUGCCUGUCUUGAACGUCAAGAAACUCAAGGAAACGUCUGUAGCCGCCGGCUACUUCAUCAAGAAUCUACCCGUCACGCCAUCAAAACAGAAGCAAGGCCAAGACUUCCAGACGAACCCCCAUCGCAUGGCCAACGCUAGUGCAUACUUGAACAAGGAUGAGAGUGGCCUCACUGUGAGCGCCGAGUUUGUCAGGUUUAAAGAUGGAUACACAAUGGCAAAGGCCAUUGACGCUGCCAUUGUGAACUGGGAUAUGCGCGAGAGAACCCGCGUCGACGAGUACAACUCGGAGCUUAUCAUUUCCCUUGCACGAAUGCAUACCGUCCGGUUUGCCAAGGAUGGGACUGACCACCCUCCUCACAUCCCACACGAGUUGCAAGUCAACAACCGGACACUUAAGUGUCAACUUAUCAGCGACGAUUUUGAGGAGCACUACAACAUGGUCAAGGCAGUCGAAAACGGCCUAAGCUCGUAA